AUGAUGGAAGCGUUGAAGCGUACCUGCUACGCGAGGAAUCGAAAGUUUCGAUUAUACGUUCUGUUAGACUUCUCAGGGUGGACAUUCAAGCUGGCAGGCCACUCAGCACUACAGCGGAAAUUAGUCACCUUGUUGUUGAAUUUAUGAUUGGCCACCUUGUAGUUGUUGAAGGGUAUAAUAUGUUCGUUGGAGGUUAGCAUGAUGAGUCAGACUUAAUAUAAGGACGAUGAUAAGGGUGACGAAUAUUUACUCUCUUCUGAACUGCCAUUACCCCGACCACGGAUGACAGCAUCUCCUUGAUCGUCUACUUGCUCUAAAGAACCAUUACCCUGGAACCCAGAUGCGCACGAUUAUCGUGAAUGCGAGACCGUUAUUCCAAGUGGCGUGGCGUCUUUUCACGCAGCUGGCGCCAAAAACGACCUGUGAAAAAGUCAAGUUUGUAAAUCUAAAGAGAGCAUCAAGCACUUCUUCUGAUACACCCAACCACGCCUUCAGUGGAACAUCCGACGGGGAUGAUGAUUUGAGACGAGUAAUUCAGUUAAGGCAACCGCUGAAGCACCCUCAGCAUCAUCGAUUCCUGGCUCUUAUCCUUCUACUUGAAAAAGGGGCCCAAGUGACGGCAAUAACACUUGUUGAGUCCCCAUACUCUGGACAGCACCUCGCGAACAGGUAAAUGAAUGAGUGAUGCACUCAGGGGCAUGCUACUACUAGCAUGCUACUACUACUACUACGAACAGGUAAAUGAAUGAGUGAUGCUACUAGCUCUAAUUGAGGGAGAAUGCCAUAUACCAUUGUCGGUAUUGCCGUAUGAGUAUGGCGGAGCCCAGUUUCAAAUUCCCUGCUCGAUGGGUCCGGGAGAGCCUGUGUUCGAGCCUUCGCGUUACGUGGAUCAGCUGACGGGAGAGGUGAAAGAAAACGAAUGGGAUGCUUUUUUACUUAUGAACCGCGGGACAAGUGGAAUCAAUGCUGCUCGUUUUUAGCUAUCAAUGCUGGUCGUUUUUAGCUAUCUUCAACUAUAAUCAAUCUGAAAGAGCUCUAAUAAAACUGACGCUCAAACAAGCACUAAAUAAAACAACCGGUUAGUUUUUACCUCUCAACCUUAGGCUUAUCCCAUGAAACAAAAUCUAAUAUGCAUUUGAAUUAUGUCAUGUCAAUGGUGAAGCAGGAGUCAUGCUAGUGCUACACUUCUAUUGUCAAUCAACUUACAGAAAGUGAGGUGCUUGGCAUAUCGUCAAAGUGAAGCUGUCGUUCUCGAAUACGUCAUGUACAUUCUAUUUUUUGUCAAAAAAGCUCACCAGACUACUCUAAUAUCAGUAUGCCGAAUGGAAAGGAAGCCAACGUCCAAGGACGAGGACAAGAACAGGCAUCGUCAUCUUCGUCGUCAUCACGGAUGCCCGUACGCCCUGAGGGAGAAGAGAUGCUUCUUGGAGCAAAUCGGAAAACGAGGAAAAGACUAAGGCUCAAAAAUUGAUAUUUGAGUAGGUCUAACUAUGUCCGUGAUAAUAUUCACUAUCUAUGAUACUUCUUGUUCGUCUUCGCGCAUUAUAAGUGAAGAAACCAACAUCCGGCGUAGUUGAAAAAAGCUAAAACUUCUCUAGAACUAGAAUAUUGAAAGACCACAGUUGGAGUUGGAUCCCACAGGAGUUCUAUUAUUGAAAGACCACUUGACGGUGAUUCAGUACAAUCACUUGAGACGUGAUUAUGAUGAUCUUCUAAACUGCACUACUAGCACAAGCACCAGUCCAUCAUCAGCCGAAGCAGCCGAUGGGACACCUAGCGCAGUUAUAUCCGGUUUUCAUCAUCCAAGCGCCAAAAGACACUUGAAUAGGGUAUCGCCCACAUCUACUAGUGGUAGUGGCACAGCAGGUUCAGGAAGUUCAGGCACCCAAAUGAACUAUAUGAGAGGAAGAGGAGCAACAGAUAAUGAAGAGGAAGAUGAAGGAAACCUUUCUGGUUCUGUUAAACAGAGAAAAUGGAGGUUUUUGUUUGCGUUGAUUGUUGCCCUAGCCUCAACAAAUCUGUUUUCGCGUCUUGUAUUCGGAGAAUUAUCCUCAUUCAACGCCAACGCCUAGUAGUAUCCACGACUGGUCAUGAGAU